AUGCCGGGCCCCAAGAACACGCUCCUGAUCGAGGGUUCCUUCGAGGAGCUUACCGACGAGUUCGCACAAUACAUCGACACGCUCAAAAAAUCCCAGGGCGACGAGAGCUCGAACAUCCAGCAGGAGAGCGCGGACCUGCUAAAGGAGAACAAGAAGGAUGAGGUGCUUAAGAAGCUGGUCGUCGGUGCGCAAGCGCUGAACCAGGCGCCUGAGAAGGAGUUCAUAGCAGCAUACAACCUGCUGAUCCACCUGGUAAACCAGUCGCCUAACGUGUCCAUGUUCUUGCCCAAGAUCUGCCAGAACCUGAGCAGCCCCGUCACCUCCUCGCCCGCUAACGGCAGCGGCCUCGCCCUUUCGAUUCUCAGCACAAUCUUCAACAUUCUUCCCGCGGACAGCGAAGUACGCUACCACGUUCUGCUCGCCAUCCUCCGCGUCAUCCGCGCUACAACGAACUUCGAGUACCUGCGCCCACAGCUGAAGCAGCUGGACAGCUGGUUACAGACAUGGGAGGUCGAGGAGGAGGAGCAGCGCAAGCUGUACCUCGCAGUCAGCGACUCGGCUGCUGCUGCCGGUGAGGACGAGCAGGCAUACACAUACCUCCUUCGCGCGCUCCGAACAUUCCCCUCCGAGGAGGUCUCGUCCCCAGAGGCCCAGGAGCUGUCUCUCCGCGCACUCAAGUCCGCACUCACCCACCCCAGCCACUUCGACUUCCAGGACCUCACCGACCUCGACUCGAUCCAGGCCCUCCGCAACUCCGAACCCGUCUACUUCCAGCUGCUCGAGAUCUUCAACUCCGACGUGGUAGACGACUUCAACGACUUCAAGGACGAGCACGAUGGCUGGAUCGAGAAGUCCGGUCUCGACAACGCUGCUCUCAACCGCAAGAUCCGCCUCCUCACACUCGCCUCGAUCGCCGCAUCGUCAGGCCAGCAAAGGUCGCUUCCUUACGAGAAGAUCGCAAAGGCGCUGCAGGUCCCCAGCGAAGACGUCGAGAUGUGGGUCAUCGACGUGAUCCGCGCCGGCCUCGUCGAGGGCAAGCUCAGCCAGCUCAACCAGACAUUCCUGAUCCACCGCUCCACAUACCGCGUUUUCGGCGAGAACCAGUGGAGAGAGGUCGCGAGCAGGCUCGACAUGUGGAGGAAUAGCUUGGUCGGCGUUCUUGAGGUUAUUCAGCAGGAGAAGCAGAGGUUUAUCCAGGAGAAGGAGGACGAGGCCAACAAGGCCGACCAGAAGGCUGAGAUGGCGACAAGGUUCAAGGGCCGAGGGGGCCAGCAGCAGAAGCAGCCCAGGGCUCCUAUUGACGAGGAUGCCGAUUAG